CCCUAGUGCGGAAGCAUAGAACAGAACUAAGCAGGGGAAGGGAAACGGUACCGCCGUAGAGAACAACAGCCAUGGUGCACGUGGUGUUUUACCGCAACUAUGGGAAGACAUUCAAGAAACCCCGUCGACCGUACGAGAAGGAGCGGUUAGACGCUGAAUUAAAGCUCGUCGGAGAGUACGGAUUACGGUGCAAGAGGGAGUUGUGGAGGGUUCAGUACGUCCUCAGCCGCAUCCGUAACAACGCGAGGAAUCUUCUCACCCUUGACGAGAAAAACCCUCGUAGGAUCUUCGAAGGUGAGGCACUUUUGCGCAGAAUGUUCCGUUACGGUCUCCUCGACGAAACCCAGAACAAGCUCGAUUAUGUCUUGGCUCUCACCGUCGAGAAUUUCUUGGAGCGUCGUCUCCAAACCCUAGUUUUCAAAUCUGGAAUGGCCAAGUCUAUUCACCAUGCUAGGGUCCUCAUCAGACAGAGGCAUAUCAGGGUUGGGAGGCAAGUGGUGAACAUUCCAUCAUUCAUGGUGAGGGUUGACUCACAGAAGCAUAUUGACUUUUCACUUACUAGUCCACUUGGUGGAGGACGACCUGGAAGGGUGAAGAGAAAGAACCAGAAAGCUGCUGCUAAGAAAGCUGCUGGUGGUGAUGGAGAUGAAGAGGAUGAGGAUUAAACUCUCAGUAACUCUUUUCUCUAGUGCUUCUAGAUCCUGUACCAGUUUUUGUUGUGUGUUCCGAGUUUAUCAUUAUUGAUGGUUAUACUUUUUUAUUUA